AUGGAGGCCAUGGCCCUGUCUGCCGACCCGAACUUCCCCAAAGCACUAGAUAGCCCAUUAGACUAUGAUGCAAAGAGCUUGAAGGUUAGGGUUGAAUGGGGGAAGACUUUGAAGAAGCGAAAGUUUACACCUAGGUCGGAGGCAUUUGCCGCAGGCUAUCUCGAAAUUGCAGAAGAGGCACUGGCAGUCGAUGAUGAUGACGAACUAUCUGAUAGUGAGAAACUCAAUCUGAAGGAGAAGGUCUUCCGCCUUGACCAAUUCCUGCAAAGGAAUGAGGAUUUAUGGUAUAUCCCGACACCAGCGAUGCAAAAGCUUGCAGAUCAAGCUGCCUUGCUGACAAAGUUGGAAUUGUAUGGACGAUAUGGCGACUACAUGAACAUUGAGCUCGCUCAAGUUCGGGAUGCAACUCGCAAACUUGAGGAGUUGAAAAAGUAUAAGCCUAUCUUUGCCAAUUACUGGACGUCUAUUCAGACAAAGAUAGAAAGUGAAGAAGGAGUAGUGGAGUCCGAAAAAACCAUGGAAAACCAGUCGACUAUUGUUGCUGUUCGAGCAUGCGCGAAGGCAUUGAACAUCCCAGAAGAGCACUUAUUGGAAACAAUAAAGCACUAUGCCAACAGAAACGAACGAUUUCACAGCGAUAUUGAACGGCUAGUUAGCAUCGGAAAGGGCCCUCCUUUGGCAAACAAGAUCUUUGGGGAUCUCAAAUAUGUUCAAGACUGCCUGGAUACCGCUACACAAGACCGUGAGUUCUUAACAUAUCUCAAGAUAAUUGUUGAGAGGCUCCGGGAUGACUGGUUUGUUUUUCGAAGAGAAGGGGAUAAAGAGGAUCCAGAGUACUGGGAGCUCUCAGAUAAGGCGAGGUCUUUGAGGUCAGGAAAGGACGAAGCAACGGGUGCGGCGAUAGCUGAGUACAAAGAGCAGCUGAAGGGGAUAAGCGAGAACAGUUUUCAAGAGGUCAUACGGCAGUAUCAUGGACUGAGACUAGUGAUGUCUCACAAACGAAGGGUGAGGUCGGAGGCACAAGGGUACGUGCAAGAGGCCAAGAGGCGGACUGGAAAAGUGGAAAUGAUUCAAAACCUACAUGAGGCACUCAUGGAUGAGCCAAGGUAUAGGCAACUGAUGGAUUUGACCGAGACAUUGGAUCGAUUCGGACAGGACUACCCUGCGCACUAA